CAUUGGGAAGGCAAGCAACACAGGUUUAUGACCCCGAAGUGAAAGACCAGCAAGUAUGCUGCAGUGUUGAAGCUCUUUUCAUCAGAUCUUUCCAAGGUGGCACUCAAGUCAAAGCUGACUCUAGCCGAGUCUUAUCAUUGAAACAUUUUGGUUGUGAAGAUGACCAUGGCGAAUCACCUGAAAUUCUAAAGUUACAUUCAUCUAUAUAUAUCAGAGACUUUAGUCUGAGUCUGUCAGAGUCAGACAAAGCUGAGACUGACUUCAGUGAGCUUUGUGAUGAGCUAAGCCGUAUACCACAGCAUGGCGAUACAGAUGCAGGUAAAACCAUUGCCAGAAGAAUCUAUGAUCCCAGCCUCUCAGCCUUGGCACCAGAGCACGACCAUCACACUCUGGCUAUGACUGAAGAUGACACAGGUGUAGCUCAAAAAAGCAGGCUCUCUCAGAAGUCUACUGAUGAGAUACCAGCCCAAAUCUACAAAGUACUGUAUGAUCAUGAAAAAAUUCCACGCAUUUCAGGUGUGGAUACGAGAUUCAAACCCUUCAAGUCAAGCAAAGAAGAAAACACUAAACCCAAAGUCUACGGUCAUGGGUGUCCAGAAAGCAUGGCCUUCAUUGAUGAUAAUGAUGAUAUUCAGUCAAUAGAGCCCAUUGUUGCUGCUGCUAAGUGCAGCAUGGUGAAACCAACGAAGGUAGCAAAGAACAUUUUGCCACACAGUAUGACAACAUAUGGGCCUACUCACAUAGCUUGUGACUCAACUGAGAGACACGACAAUUUGUGUUUUCUUAAUCCAGACAGUGACCAUGGCACAAUACAGACAAAAUCAUCUUACAUUUCUGAGCCAAAGACUGCCUCUUCCAGCUUUUUCCUGCCUAUUACCCAUCUCACACCACAAGCCCCUGAACAAGAUCUGACAUUACCUUCCACUUUUAUACCAUACAGUCCUUUGACCCCUGAUUCUUUGGUGUCCGAUGACCAAUGUGGCUCUUUUUCACCUAUUAAUGAAAGUGGUCUUUUCACUGCAGACGCAUGUAUAUUAUAUGAUUCUAUACCAAGACUAUCAUCCCCAGACUCUGUAAUGUCACUUGGUGAUUAUAGGGCAAUGUCACCUGACUCUCCACAGAGAGAAAGAAGAGUAUUACCUGCAGACUUUUUCAGUGUAUUAGAUGACAGUCAGGCAUUCUCUCCAUUGUCUGAUACAUGUAGUUCACCAGAAGUUAUGAUUAACUUCACUGAAAAUAAAUUAAGCCCUUAUCAAACUCAUACAUGUGACUGUGAACCACCCGUUGAUUCUAAACAUUCCGCCUUUCCUGUGAUUAAGUCCUGUGAGUUUUGGGAUAAGUAUCGGCCACUGUCUCCUGACUCCAGAGUACCUAAAUGUAGCCAACCAUUACCUGAACGUAUACAUAAAAAGAAAGUGUGUAGAGCAUUCUCACCUGUGACAUCAGACAUUGAGUUAUUACUUGAAAAUGUUUCUUCUGAUAGAGGAAUGUGUUCGCCUCAGUCAGUAUCUAUUCAUGAUUUUGAAUCUUCAGAUAGAGACUGCCGACCAUUCUCUCCAGAAUCUCAAACUUCUCAGUGCAGUUUCUCAUUUCUUGAACUCUUACUCUCUGAACCAACCCGCACACAACUCAGGAGUCAGUAUUGUGAUUAUUACUUGUUGUAUUCAGGAGAAAUUUCACCCUCACCGUUGCUGAGGUCAGCUCCUUACACUGAAGUCUGUGGUAAGGAAGUGGGUCCAGAUAGUCCCAUUACACAAGAAACAAGAACUUCAGAUAAUAUUCCUCCUCUCCCUCAGAAAUGUGUCAGAUCAAAUUCUUAUCUGCAACCUGUUGCAGACAUUAAAAGUAUCUCCAGUGAAGUCUCAAGCUGUUCAAGUCAAACAGAAAAAUCUGUUAAAGCUAAAAAACUAGAAGAACAAAGAAACCAAUCUUACCUUGGUUACUGGCUUUCUAAGUUGGAACCACAAUCUUGUCAGGACACAGCAUCGGUAGGUCAGAAAGAAGAUGAGUUAACAAAUGAAAUACCAAACAUUUCAAAAGAAAAGUCAGUGCAUUUACAUAGGCGAAGGGAAACGUUGAAGAGUAAUUCUUACUCAGAUCACAAAGAAAAUAAGAAACUUCAUGAAAUUUCUCAGGCCUUCAGAGAAUUACACACACCAAAACCUAUGAUAUUUAACUUUGUGGAAAGACAGAAGUACAAUUUAGAGUUUCCAAAUGUAUUACAUCACGUGUCAAACACAACAACAGCCUUUCUUGAAACUGUAAACAGAGAACGUAAUCCUGCUGUGCUGUCAGCUGCAAAGCCUCUGACAUAUGCUGAUGUUGUUAAGGGCAUUGCAAACAAAAAACAGGAAAAUAUUUUGCUAGCUGACAAAACAACUAAUUUGGCAGUUGUGUGGACUAAAUCUGUGUCAUCAGAGGAGGAAUGCAGCCUUUCCCCAAUAGACGAAUGGGUGGGCGAAUUAAGACCUCAGUCUCCCGAGUCAGUCGAGUCUCAAAGUGAACUUAGACCCCUGUCUCCUGACUCUCCUGUUCCUCAGUUCAGAUCUGCCUAUAUUGAUUGCCAUGUUGAAGUGACAGGAACCUGGUCUUUUACACCGGAGUCCACUUUAUCAGACUGGGAAGGCACUGAAUUGUGUCUGGAAUUUCUGUUUGAUGAUGCCAGGCCAGACUCCCCUCAGUCAGUUUUAUCAGACUUUGAGCUUGAUAAGUUAUUUAGUAGCAGAGCGUUGUCCCCAGAAUCGGAACUUUCUGAUUAUGACUUUUCGCUCUUGCAUGACUGGCUUUUGGACUUCAGAGCAUCCUCCCCAGAUUCUGUGGCCUCAGAUGAGGGAUGUUCUUUUCCUCCUCUCAUGACAGUAGGUCAAAUGUCAGGCCAACAUUGUAAUUACUAUUUAGACUAUUCAGAGAACAGAGCAAUAUCUCCUCUGUCAACAAUGUCAGAUGUUGAGGACUUUGAAUUUUGUCUUGAAGAAAUGUUUGAGGAAAACAGAGCAGAUUCUCCAGAUUCACUUCCGCCAUGUGUUGAAUUCAGACAUGCAGGUGGAACUGGGACUUCAUUUCCACUGUUGUCUGCAUUCAGACCUCUUACAUAUGCAGAUGUUGUGAGGGGAAUGACGUACAACCAUCAAGCAGAUGUUGACGUUGGAAACACAGUAUAUCAGUGUAGCGCUGUGUGGCCUUCAGCCAUGUCUUCGGAGGAGGAAUGCAGUUUUUCCCCAAUAGACGAAUGGGUGGACGAAUUAAGACCUCAGUCUCCCGAGUCAGUCGAGUCUCAAAGUGAACUUAGACCCCUGUCUCCUGACUCUCCUGUUCCUCAGUUCAGAUCUGCCUAUAUUGAUUGCCAUGUUGAAGUGACAGGACCCAGGUCUUUUACACCGGAGUCCACUUUAUCAGACUGGGAAGGCAAUGAUUUGUGUCUGGAAUUUCUGUUUGAUGAUGCCAGGCCAGACUCCCCCCAGUCAGUUUUAUCAGACUUUCAGCUGGAUAAGUUAUUUAGUAGCAGAGCAUUGUCCCCAGAAUCGGAACUUUCUGAUUAUGACUUUUCGCUCUUGCAUGACUGGCUUUUGGACUUCAGAGCAUCCUCCCCAGAUUCUGUGGCCUCAGAUGAGGGAUGUUCUUUUCCUCCUCUUAUGACAGUAGGUCAAAUGUCAGGCCAACAUUGUAAUUACUAUUUAGACUAUUCAGAGAACAGAGCAAUAUCUCCUUUGUCAACAAUGUCAGAUGUUGAGGACUUUGAAUUUUGUCUUGAAGAAAUGUUUGAGGAAAGCAGAGCAGAUUCUCCAGAUUCACUUCUGCCAUGUGUUGAAUUCAGACAUGCAGGUGGAACUGGGACUUCAUUUCCACUGUUGUCUGCAUUCAGACCUCUUACAUAUGCAGAUGUUGUGAGGGGAGUGACAUACAACCAUCAAGCAGAUGCUGACGUUGGAACCAAAGUGUAUCAGUGGAGCACUGUGUGGCCUUCAGCCAUGUCAUCUGGGGAGGAAUGCAGACUUUCCCCAAUAGACGAAUGGGUAGACGAGUUACGACCUCAGUCUCCCGAGUCAGUCGAGUCUCAAAGUGAACUUAGACCCCUGUCUCCUGACUCUCCUGUUCCUCAGUUCAGAUCUGCCUAUAUUGAUUGCCAUGUUGAAGUGACAGGACCCAGGUCUUUUACACCGGUGUCCACUUUAUCAGACUGGGAAGGCAAUGAUUUGUGUCUGGAAUUUCUGUUUGAUGAUGCCAGGCCAGACUCCCCCCAGUCAGUUUUAUCAGACUUUCAGCUGGAUAAGUUAUUUAGUAGCAGAGCAUUGUCCCCAGAAUCGGAACUUUCUGAUUAUGACUUUUCGCUCUUGCAUGACUGGCUUUUGGACUUCAGAGCAUCCUCCCCAGAAUCUGUGGCCUCAGUUGAUCAUCGUUCUUCUCCUUCUCUGAUGACAGUAGGUCAAAUGUCAGGCCAACAUUGUAAUUACUAUUUAGACUAUUCAGAGAACAGAGCAAUAUCUCCUCUGUCAACAAUGUCAGAUGUUGAGGACUUUGAAUUUUGUCUUGAAGAAAUGUUUGAGGAAAACAGAGCAGAUUCUCCAGAUUCACUUCCGCCAUGUGUUGAAUUCAGACAUGCAGGUGGAACUGGGACUUCAUUUCCACUGUUGUCUGCAUUCAGACCUCUUACAUAUGCAGAUGUUGUGAGGGGAGUGACAUACAACCAUCAAGCAGAUGCUGACGUUGGAACCAAAGUGUAUCAGUGGAGCACUGUGUGGACUUCAGCCAUGUCAUCUGAGGAGGAAUGCAGACUUUCCCCAAUAGACGAAUGGGUGGACGAGUUACGACCUCAGUCUCCCGAGUCAGUCGAGUCUCAAAGUGAACUUAGACCCCUGUCUCCUGACUCUCCUGUUCCUCAGUUCAGAUCUACCUAUAUUGAUUGCCAUGUUAAAGUGACAGGACCCAGGUCUUCUACACCGGAGUCCACUUUAUCAGACUGGGAAGGCAAUGAUUUGUGUCUGGAAUUUCUGUUUGAUGAUGCCAGGCCAGACUCCCCUCAGUCAGUUUUAUCAGACUUUCAGGUGGAUAAGUUAUUUAGUAGCAGAGCGUUGUCCCCAGAAUCGGAACUUUCUGAUUAUGACUUUUCGCUCUUGCAUGACUGGCUUUUGGACUUCAGAGCAUCCUCCCCAGAAUCUGUGGCCUCAGUUGAUCAUCGUUCUUCUCCUUCUCUGAUGACAGUAGGUCAAAUGUCAGGCCAACAUUGUAAUUACUAUUUAGACUAUUCAGAGAACAGAGCAAUAUCUCCUCUGUCAACAAUGUCAGAUGUUGAGGACUUUGAAUUUUGUCUUGAAGAAAUGUUUGAGGAAAACAGAGCAGAUUCUCCAGAUUCACUUCCGCCAUGUGUUGAAUUCAGACAUGCAGGUGGAACUGGGACUUCAUUUCCACUGUUGUCUGCAUUCAGACCUCUUACAUAUGCAGAUGUUGUGAGGGGAGUGACAUACAACCAUCAAGCAGAUGCUGACGUUGGAACCAAAGUGUAUCAGUGGAGCACUGUGUGGCCUUCAGCCAUGUCAUCUGAGGAGGAAUGCAGACUUUCCCCAAUAGACGAAUGGGUAGACGAGUUACGACCUCAGUCUCCCGAGUCAGUCGAGUCUCAAAGUGAACUUAGACCCCUGUCUCCUGACUCUCCUGUUCCUCAGUUCAGAUCUACCUAUAUUGAUUGCCAUGUUGAAGUGACAGGAACCAGGUCUUUUACACCGGUGUCCACUUUAUCAGACUGGGAAGGCAAUGAUUUGUGUCUGGAAUUUCUGUUUGAUGAUGCCAGGCCAGACUCCCCCCAGUCAGUUUUAUCAGACUUUCAGCUGGAUAAGUUAUUUAGUAGCAGAGCAUUGUCCCCAGAAUCGGAACUUUCUGAUUAUGACUUUUCGCUCUUGCAUGACUGGCUUUUGGACUUCAGAGCAUCCUCCCCAGAAUCUGUGGCCUCAGUUGAUCAUCGUUCUUCUCCUUCUCUGAUGACAGUAGGUCAAAUGUCAGGCCAACAUUGUAAUUACUUUAUAGACUAUUCAGAGAACAGAGCAAUAUCUCCUCUGUCAACAAUGUCAGAUGUUGAGGACUUUGAAUUUUGUCUUGAAGAAAUGUUUGAGGAAAACAGAGCAGAUUCUCCAGAUUCACUUCCGCCAUGUGUUGAAUUCAGACAUGCAGGUGGAACUGGGACUUCAUUUCCACUGUUGUCUGCAUUCAGACCUCUUACAUAUGCAGAUGUUGUGAGGGGAGUGACAUACAACCAUCAAGCAGAUGCUGACGUUGGAACCAAAGUGUAUCAGUGGAGCACUGUGUGGCCUUCAGCCAUGUCAUCUGAGGAGGAAUGCAGACUUUCCCCAAUAGACGAAUGGGUAGAUGAGUUACGACCUCAGUCUCCCGAGUCAGUCGAGUCUCAAAGUGAACUUAGACCCCUGUCUCCUGACUCUCCUGUUCCUCAGUUCAGAUCUACCUAUAUUGAUUGCCAUGUUGAAGUGACAGGAACCAGGUCUUCUACACCGGAGUCCACUUUAUCAGACUGGGAAGGCACUGAAUUGUGUCUGGAAUUUCUGUUUGAUGAUGCCAGGCCAGACUCCCCUCAGUCAGUUUUAUCAGACUUUGAGCUUGAUAAGUUAUUUAGUAGCAGAGCGUUGUCCCCAGAAUCGGAACUUUCUGAUUAUGACUUUUCGCUCUUGCAUGACUGGCUUUUGGACUUCAGAGCAUCCUCCCCAGAUUCUGUGGCCUCAGAUGAGGGAUGUUCUUUUCCUCCUCUCAUGACAGUAGGUCAAAUGUCAGGCCAACAUUGUAAUUACUAUUUAGACUAUUCAGAGAACAGAGCAAUAUCUCCUCUGUCAACAAUGUCAGAUGUUGAGGACUUUGAAUUUUGUCUUGAAGAAAUGUUUGAUGAAAACAGAGCAGAUUCUCCAGAUUCACUUCCACCAUGUGUUGAAUCCAGACAUGCAGGUGGAACUGGGACUUCAUUUCCACUGUUGUCUGCAUUCAGACCUCUUACAUAUGCAGAUGUUGUGAGGGGAAUGACGUACAACCAUCAAGCAGAUGCGGACGUAGGAACCAAAGUGUAUCGGUGGAGCACUGUGUGGCCUUCAGCCAUGUCAUCAGAGGAGGAAUGCAGACUUUCCCCAAUAGACGAAUGGGUGGGCGAAUUAAGACCUCAGUCUCCCGAGUCAGUCGAGUCUCAAAGUGAACUUAGACCCCUGUCUCCUGACUCUCCUGUUCCUCAGUUCAGAUCUGCCUCUAUCGAUUGCCAUGUUGAAGUGACAGGAACCAGGUCUUUUACACCGGAGUCCACUUUAUCAGACUGGGAAGGCACUGAUUUGUGUCUGGAAUUUCUGUUUGAUGAGACCAGGCCAGACUCCCCUCAGUCAGUUUUAUCAGACUUUCAGCUUGAUAAGUUAUUUAGUAGCAGAGCGUUGUCCCCAGAAUCGGAACUUUCUGAUUAUGACUUUUCGCUCUUGCAUGACUGGCUGUUGGACUUCAGAGCAUCCUCCCCAGAAUCUGUGGCCUCAGUUGAUCAUCGUUCUUCUCCUUCUCUGAUGAAAGUAGGUCAUUUGAAAGGUCAACAUUGCAAUUACUAUUUAAACUAUUCAGAGAACAGAGCAAUAUCUCCUCUGUCAACAAUGUCAGAUGUUGUGGACUUUGAAUUUUGUCUUGAAGAAAUGUUUGAGGAAAACAGAGGAGAUUCUCCAGAGUCUUUUUCACCUAUUCCCCCCAAUCACACACAAUUGUUUGACAUAACAUCCUCAUUUGUCUGCUCUACCCAACCUCUUAAACAUGCAGAAGAAAGCCAUGCCAGUAUACCUGAGAGACUGGCCACAUCAUUUUUCAACAAAAAUGUGUCAAUCCCUGUAUCUCAGACCAGUUCUACACAGCCCAGUCUUUUUUCUUCUGAUUCAUUUUCUGCAAACUCGCAUGACACAGUUAUACCAGUGGCAUCCAGGGGCAGACUUAAACCCUUUCUUAACAGACUAAUGUCACAUUCGUAUGAUCCUGUUUAUCGGGGAAAAUGUUCAUGUUGUGAAAUACAGUUUGUUCAGUAAAUUCGGUUGACCCAAGAAAUUUGGUUCAGCAUCAUCAGUCCAUUAUACCAUCAACAAGUUUGACGUAUUACUUCACAGAUCAGAGUCCAAGCAACAUUUCAAAUUCUUCUCAUAGUUUUCACAGCUCUUCAUGUUUUGUUUUGUUUUCUACAAAGACAAGUUUCUGUUUUCAAAUGUGCAGUCUGUGUUGUUUUUCACCUGUAAUUGCGUGUCAUAUCACUAUUUCAAAUGCCUGACACUUGGUUGACAAUUCUUUCGUGAUUUUAAUUUCAUAAGCAUACUUCACUGUCAGAGUCUAUCCUAACUCAACCUAAAGUAUUACAUCUAGUUGAUGGAUUAAUCUUCUUUAUUUCAACUUACAAGAAGCCAACUGUUCAGAAGCCACUUUUCACUGUCCCCAAAAACAUUGAGAAAUCACAAAGCAUAUCUGUUUGCCUUGAUUACCUUAUUCUAGAUAUUUAUGUUGUUUGGUGAGAGCAGACUAGAUUUCCAAUUGUGUUUGAUUUUAUUAGUCCUUCAUAAAUUUCCCUUAGAUCAUAAGUAUUCAGUCAUUCUUCGACCAUUGGUUGGGUGAGUUUAGAUCAUUUAUCUCUCAACUUCUUCAAUCAGUUUGAGAAUUUGAUUGUUUUUAAACCAAAUAGGACACUUAACUCUGCGUAAACCACUCUCUGGGAGUGCCACACAAAAAAGAUUCCAUCUAUGAGGAUUUUUUAAUAUAUAGUUGCUAAAUCUGAGAUGACAAUGACAAUAAAUUAGAAGGUGUAGCAUUCACUAACGCUACAAAGGCUUUUUUUUUUUUUUGGACACUAAAGAAUCUCGACUAGAUCAGGUCAAGUCAUAUAUCAUUUGCCAAUUUUGUACAGUUGAGUCACAAGCCAUGUGUGAAAAAAUGGAUUUCAUCAUGCUGUCUCGCUGGAGGAGGCUUUCUAUGAACAAACCCAAACAAAGAAUCGAUGAAAUGAAGACCACAUGUGUAUGAACAUUAAUGGACAAAUCCUGAAUCCCAAUUAAAGACUUCACACACCAAAGAUUCAUUUUCCCAAGAACAUGAAAAGAACAUCCAUGAGCAAGGACAAGAGAAAAAGUUCCUUGGUGUCGGUAAGACGGCAAAAGCUAUUGCAUAUCAGUGAAUGCAGUGUUGGCUUCAAAAGUAAUGAAUAUGGCAGUACAAAGGUGUGAAUUCAGUAGAAUUAUUCCUCAAGCUUCCACUAAUAACAAACAGGGGCUUUACUGUCUUGCUGUGGCAUGUUUACGUUCAAGUAGACGAACUGAUCUUCAAGUGAAGAGAACUACUGUGAAGUACUAUGAUCCAAACCUAAUAACAUGAAGCUUUUAUACUUUUUUAUUGUUAUAAUAUACUAUAAGUUGCAUAUCACUAUUUACAUCUUCACUAAACAACUGUAAUAGUCUAAACUUGCCACAGCUGGAGGCAUGUACGGUUUGCUAUGUUUGUUCUCCUGUUUGUAAGGCUCAUGCUCCCACUGCUUACAUACCAAACAUAAAAAAAACAGAUCACAUAGACAUACUACCAUUGGCAUCUGUAAUGUUCAAUGACUGUGUCCCAGUGACAGAGAUCAGGUCAAUUUAGAACUGACUUCAGCUGGUAAAUUAAAUGUGAUGGUAUAAAUUCAUGAAUAUAGCAAAAUACUGCUUCCCACUGUUGCCCUCCUCCGAUAUUCUGCCUUAAAUUAUGUUAGCGAAGUUGCACAUCAAACAAUUGUUUUUGUUCUCAUAGCAGUAUUAUCUACCUGUGGGGGAGGGAGCAAAAAUACAGGAAACAGUAUUAUUUGACUGAGACAAAUACUAUAAAUUGCUGAAUCUUGCCUCUUGAUGAAAAUUGAAAUGUUUUCUUGUUUUACAUUUAGACAGGCCGCAACAUUUACUUAAAAUGAGUUUAAACCUUCAUGUUGCACAACAUCCUGAUUAUCACUCAAGUGAAUUUGUGACCCACUAUAGUGCAUAUUGUGAAUUGUAAAUUAUGUUGUCUCCUAAACUAAUGUUAUUAACAUAGAUAUUAAUAUGUUAAUAAUUAUGUCCUACAUGCAUGUGGGCUACAAGUGAAUUUCUUCAUUAGAGAUGCUCCUCCUUUAAUUUGAACAACAACCUGUUUUUGUCAGUUGCAUGUUUCAUUUGAGUCAUCCUUUCAUCAACAAAGAAACCACAAAUGACAUU